UGAUGCUCAAUAUGAAUGCGGCUGUUUUUAGGCCGAGGCCCAUAUACCUCGUCGUCCUCUCCGCGGGUCCCAGACAAGGACACGGUGUUGACUAUCUCGAGUCCGUUGACAUUGACAAGGGGGCCAGGUCGAGGCUUUCCGAGCUCCGAUCCCUCUCCAACGCCUGAGGGAUGGCCGUGCCGGCGCCCGCGAAGGCGGCGCGCUUGCUUGCGGCCUCCGCGGCGGUGCUCGUGCUGCUGUGGUGUGUCCAUUUCCGCGGUGGGCUCUCCUUCGGCUCCCCCACCAACAAGGGCCUCAUCUUCAACAUCUGUGCAGGUGCAUCCUGUGCUUAUGCUAAUAGGAUUCAUCAUCCUAGGGAGCGAAGCCAUAAUGAGCUACAAAAUAUGGCCAUGGAGUCAUGAUACAAACAAGAUGGUUCACAUGCUUCUUCAUGCUGUUGCACUCUUCCUGGGUUCUGUUGGGAUAUAUGCUGCCUUCAAGUUCCACAAUGAAAGUGGAAUUGAUAAUCUGUACAGCUUGCAUUCGUGGGUUGGACUUGGAACUAUCUGCCUGUACGGUAUACAGCUGAGCUUUGUAAGCAUGCAGUGUCCUGACCUCGCUCGCGACGGUGGUGUUUUUUGUUUGGUAUAGGGGGUGGCUAUUUGGCGUUGCUACCUUCUUCUUCCCUGGUGCUUCGCCAACAGUCCGGCGCAGAAUGCUCCCAUGGCACACUCGCGCUGGACUUGUUGUCUACAUACUGGCACUGCUUGCUUCAGAGCUGGGGUUCCUGGAGAAGCUCACCUUCCUUCAGGCUGCCGGCCUCGGCAGGUACAGCUCGGAAGCUCUGCUGGUGAACUUCACAGCUCUUGUGAUCCUACUGCUUGGCGCUUCUGUUGUUCUGUAUGUCACCGCUCCAAUGCACAAUGAGCACGCGCAUGGGUAUUCAGCAGUGCACAAGCCCUGAACCACAGAUGCAGCUUCAUCGGUUCCAGUUGGCGUAUCCUUGUACGAGUAGGAAUCAAAUCCAAUCAAAUUUUGUCCGCCGGAAUUAUGAGACUUUAGAGUGUCUCCGGCAGUCAGUGUAAAAUAGAGGACACAAAACUGUAGAUGACACUUUUUGACACUGUUUGUAGAGUGUAAUUUUAAAUAAGGGAUGAGAUAGAGGAUCUAUUGGAGAUAGCCUUAGGGCUAGUUUAGAAAACCCAUUUUCCCAUUUUUCUAAGAGAUUUUUAUUUUUAAAGGGAAAUUAUUUCAUUUUAUCUUGAGAAAAUAGGAAUCUCUUGGGAAAAAAAGAGUCCCAAACUAGCCCUUAGAGGGUGUUUGUUUAAAAUUAUAAUCUGUCAGAUUAUAUGAUCCAGCAAAUUUUGACUCAAACACCCCCUUAAUAACCAGUUCAGUUCAGUGGCGUGUUGUGUGUAAAUGUGUAAUGGUGCUGCAAAAUGCAUUUUCCUCUUAACAAUAGCAGGAAUUCAAAGAUCUA